UAUUGGAUGGAAGAUUUCGUUGUUUUCUUUUUAAUACAGUAAAUACUUUAAAUUUGCCAUGACUAAUACGCCUAAAAGUUCUAUUAAAAAUCUAUGAUGAGUUUGACAAGUUAUUGGACUUUGGACACAGUUGUAUCACUGCUUGGUUCAAUGGCUGUUUGACUGACUGGCUGCUAGUCGAGUUUUUUCUUGUGUGCUGCUGUGUGAGGACUCUUUCACUAACCAUUCAGCUUCAAAUCUGAAUAUUUUGUGUGUUGAGAGUCUGUCCACGUAGCCAGUAUGUCAUCAGAACUUGUGGUCACUUCGCUGGUGUACGUCUUAAAGGCUUUGGCCUUCGUGUUUGAUGUGGUGACCUACAUACCCUACUUCAUCAUCCAGAGGCCAGACAAAGUUGUAACAAAGUCUAAAAGACUCAAGGCUGCUCCUGUGUCUGGUCAUCCGUCUGACCCAUGGAGAUCUGUGGAAGUCCCAGCCUCAGGUCUAAGUACGGCCAUGUUCCCAGAAUGCUCUACUCUAGACGAACUGUUUGCCAGAGCUUGUAAGUUGCAUGGCAACCGACCAUGUCUGGGCACCAGGGAUGUUCUCAGUGAGGAGGAGGAGCCUCAGCCCAAUGGAAGAGUUUUUAAGAAGCUUGUAAUGGGCAAUUAUCAAUGGGAGACCUACAACGAGGUGUCUAAAAGGAUUUCCAAUUUUGGCAAUGGGCUGACGGCCUUGGGCCAAUUGCCUAGGUCAAGGCUGGUCAUCUUUGCAGAAACUCGUGCUGAUUGGAUGAUAUCUGCGCAGACGUGUUUUAAGUUUAAUUUCCCAGUUGUUACCCUAUACGCCACACUUGGAGUUGAUGCCAUCAUCCAUGGUAUCAGCGAGACACAAGUUGCCAAGGUCAUCACAAGCCUGGAACUGUUGCCCAAAUUCACGGAAGUUUUACCAAAAACUCCUAGCGUGACUCAUGUUAUUGUCAUGGGCUGCACCAAACUGCAACUCUCCAAGGUCAAGGUUAAGAUUCCUGAAGGGAUAACUGUGUUAUCCAUGCAAGAUGUGGAGGCACUAGGGUCACAGCCGGAUAAAAAAAAAACUGUGUGUGAGAAGCCAAAGCCGGACGACAUAGCUGUCAUCAUGUACACCAGUGGCUCUACAGGAAUUCCUAAAGGUGUGAUUAUAUCCCACAGAAAUCUUUUGUGUGGAACUUCAGGACAGGUGGAGAGGAUUCCAGAAUUAGGAGAGAAAGAUGUUUAUGUAGGUUAUCUUCCCUUGGCUCAUGUUUUGGAGCUUAGUGCAGAAAUAUCUUGUGUGGCUAAAGGGACAAGAAUUGGCUACUCCUCACCCACAACCUUAACAGACAAGUCGACCAAGAUCAAGAGAGGCAGUGCUGGGGAUGUAUCUGUGCUGAACCCAACCUUAGUGGCUGCUGUACCUGUGAUCAUGGAUAGGAUAUACAAGAAUGUUUGGGAAAAAGUGAACUCCUCCUCGCUAAUGAAGCGCGUGCUCUUUAAAUUUGCAUAUGACUACAAACAUAAACACAUCCUUCAAGGCUUCGACACCCCACUAUGUAACAAGGUUGUUUUUAAAGGUGUAAAGGACUUGCUUGGAGGACACGUCCGCCUGAUGUUGUGUGGGGGUGCGCCUUUGUCAGGGACCACACAAAGAUUCAUGAACAUUUGCUUCUGCUGUCCCCUGGGGCAGGGCUACGGACUGACUGAGACUUGUGGGGCUGGAACAGUCGUAGAAUUUGGUGACAUGACAACUGAAAGAGUUGGAGCACCUCUUAUAUGUAAUGAGAUAAGGCUGCGAGACUGGGUCGAAGGUAGCUACACUGUGAACAACAAACCCUACCCCCAGGGGGAGGUCCUCAUUGGUGGGGGCAAUGUGACGCAGGGGUACUACAACAGUCCAGACAAGACCAAUGAAGAUUUCAUCACCAUUGAUGGCAUGCGCUACUUCUGCACGGGAGAUAUUGGUCAAUUUGAGGAGGAUGGUUGUCUCAAAAUAAUUGAUCGUAAGAAAGACUUGGUCAAGCUCCAGCACGGUGAGUACAUCUCCCUGGCCCAGGUGGAGACAGUCCUGAAGAUGUGCCCACUAGUGGAGCAGAUCUGUGUGGUGGCCCACAGCGACCAAGACAGCGCCGUGGCUCUUGUUGUUCCCAGCGAGGCUCGGCUCAUGGCCCUGGCCAAACAGCACAACGUCAACUGCUCAGAUUUCAAAGAACUUUGCCGGAAUGACCAGAUAACAAGCCUUGUCCUGAAAGAGCUAACAACCCAUGGGUUAAAAUCCAAGCUUCAGCGCAUGGAGCUGCCCAAUAAGAUCUGCCUUUUCCCUGAGGCUUGGAUGCCAGACACAGGCCUGGUCACAGAUGCCUUCAAGCUGAAACGUAAGGUGAUUGAGGACAAGUUCCAGCCAGAGAUCACAGCCAUGUACCAGUAGAACAGCUGCAGCUUCCAGUCUUUCCAGUAGCAUUUUGUGUGGACUGCUACAAGCCAGGGAUGGAACAUCUGCUUCAUGGAGUUACAGAACUUUGUUAGACCAUCACAAGAGUUAUAGAACCUGUUCAUCUCAAAGAUAAAUAAUUGUCAUCACACAGUUAUGGAACCUUGGAAGGUCAUCUCCAGGGUCAUCACAUUGUCGAACCUUUAGAUAGUCAUCCCAGAGCUAUUGAACACUUUGACAUCAUCACUGAGUGACGGAACUUUGUUAGAUCAUCACCAAGUUUAAAACAUUUUACCGUGCCAUAAUUGGUUGAAAACUUGUGGUCAACUUGUUACUAAACUUUCAGUUGUGACUAUAACAUCCUUAAAGCAAAAACAGUUGUGGUAUUUCAUAACCGGGUAAUUUUCCAAUUUUGACAAUUUGUUUACGGAAAUUCUUUCUUUGUCUUGUGAUUCUAGCUUGUGUGUGCUAUUUUUGGGCUGAAUUGGGCAGGAUUUGGACACAUUUCUCAAACUAUUAUCUCUGUCAACCAGUGGGAACUUGUUUUAUCUGUAGAACUCACCGGUGAUCAUCCCUAGGUCUCUGUGAUAACAAUAUUCUCUGACCAUUUGUUUUUUAUUAUCUUUACAUGCUGCUUGUGAUGUUUUUUUUAAUAGCUGGAUGGGUGGGAGGGGUGAGAGAGGAUAAAAGCAAACUGACAGUAGAAGUACCCACUUAAUAGAACAUACCACUUUGAAAACAAAUAUGUACCAACUACUGCUGGAUGCAGGUUUUUACUUGUUUAUUUUCCACUUCUACUUUUUGAUUCAGCAAGUUUAAACAAUGCAAACAUCAGUUAACCCCCCUCUGUUGUCUAUAAGUUAAUUGUUUACUACUAACAUUGCAUUAUUUUUUCCUCAUUUUGUGUGUGGCUGGAUUAUGUAAUACAUAAGUUUUAAUGUAAGUUUUUAGAGUUGGAAAGUUGAAAAUUUCUGUCGACAAAGUUUUUCACUGCCACUAGUUCUCACAAACCCCUUUUUAGUUUGUCAUUUUUCGCACAAAUAAUUUUGAAUGUUUACAGUAGAACAUUGAGUUUUUUUUAAACUAAAAAAAAUGUAAAUGCCCCACUUUAUACAAAUUGUGUGAUUGAAAUUUUUCAUUACCAUAUCAAGUUAGAACUAUAAUCUUUCUUUAAACAACAUUAAUAUAAAUAAAUAUAAAUAAUUUGUUUCAACUUAUUAAUUUAAAUUUCAUAUAUUUACACGGACUAAUGAAAGUCAUUUUUCUAUUUUGCUGUAUACUUUUAUAGUAAAAACCAGAUGUAAUCAGGUCGGUAUGUGCCAGUAAAUUCAACUAGUGAACCAAACUUUUCAACUGUGCCAGUUUCUGAUAAUGUAAUCAGACAUUUUUUUUUAAAUUAAUGCUUGUACUAAAUAAUUUUCUGAGACUGUUUUUGUAAAUAAAAACACUGCAGUACAAAAUUAAGCAUAAAUCUUAUUUUGGUAAAUAGAAUUUUGAUUAGUGAUUAAACAAAUCAGCUGGCUGCUACCACACAAAAAUUAAGUGACCAAUUCCAGGGAUUUAUCUAAUGUAUGAACUAAGGAAAUCUACACUUUCCCUGUAGCAGUGUAAAAAGUAUUUACUUGAACAAUUUAUCCUAGGCUGUUAACAUUAUACACUCAUCUGCUUUGAUAUAUUGCAAUAAUUACUUAUAUUUUAGCCAAUUCUUUUUUUUUUGCUGACUCAGCAGUCAUUAUAGACGAGUUGGGCCAACUAUUAAUGCUUUUUAUAGUUUUGGGGUACUUACUUUUAGAGAUUGGUAUUUUACUUAAUCAAUGUAAUCAUAGUUACUUGACUCGAUUUACUUUCAGAGGUUAACUUUAGUCUAUACCAAUGUAGUCAUAGCUACUUGAUCUGUAUUCAAGCUCCACUGUCAACUCAAGAAGUUUUAAUACCUGUAGAGGCUAGAAAUGUGAGCUUAAAAGAUUUUCUUGUUUGUGAGCUCAUGUAGAGUGUAGACAUACUUCUUGCCCUUGUUAUUUUAAUUAAAGCUGUUUUUUUUCAAAA